UGCGCUCCAGUCCACCGCUCUCCAGCGGAGGAGACAGACGAGCAGCAGUCUGUUCGACCCGCUUUGAAUAUUGACGGAUCUAAACCUCACCAUCAUUCCCCUCCACACACAGGAGAGCAGCGGAGACGUUUGGAUACACCACCGCUCGAGCACGAGGAUGUGGAUCAUAAAGUUCAUGUUCAUUUGGACCUGCUGCUUCGGAGUGAGCGCGGACUUCGAUGGCAGGUGGCCCAGACAGAUGGCCUCGUCCAAUGGGCUGUGUCGGUACGGCAACCGCAUCGACUGCUGCUGGGGGUGGACACGUGUCUCCUGGGGCCAGUGCCAGCCUCCCUACGUCUUAACCCGCAGAGUAUUCACGAUGAGGUGCCAACCCCAAGCGGUAUGUCAGCACGAAUGCAAACACGGAGAAUGCGUGGGACCCAGCAAAUGCAAGUGCCAUCCAGGUUAUACAGGAAAAACAUGCAACCAAGACGUGAACGAGUGUGGCCUCAAGCCUCGGCCGUGUAAACACAGGUGCAUGAACACAUACGGGAGCUACAAGUGCUACUGUCUAAAUGGCUACAUGCUGUUACCUGAUGGGAGCUGUGGAAAUGCCCGGACAUGCAGCAUGGCGAACUGUCAGUACGGCUGUGAGGUAAUGAAGGGAGAAGUUCGCUGCCAGUGCCCUUCUCCGGGUCUACAGCUGGCUCCAGAUGGCAGGACCUGUGUGGAUGUGGAUGAAUGCGCCACAGGUCAAGCGGUUUGUCCACGUUUCCGUAAGUGCAUCAACACAUUUGGGAGUUACAUCUGCAAGUGCCAUGAUGGCUUUGACCUGCAGUACAUCAACGGGAAAUAUCAGUGUACAGAUGUGAAUGAAUGCUCUUCAAUUCAUCACCAGUGUGGUCCAUACGCUACCUGCUAUAACACACCUGGUUCAUACAAGUGCAAGUGUAAGGAUGACUACAGAGGUGUGGGCUACGACUGCAAACCUAUCCCAAAGGUGGUAAUUGACCCGCCGCGACCUGGAAAGACCACGCCGAGCAACAAUAAUAAAGGGGGCAAUAAAAUUCCAGGCUCAGACCAAAGGAGGACCACCACAACAAUCAGACCACCAGUGACGGCCAAACGGAUCUCACCUACAACAACAACCACCACCAUACCUCCUCCAACCAAAAAAAUCACCCCUCCAGCAAGAGUCCCAGUGACCACCACCCGAAGGCCUCUCAUCCCGACACGUAAACCCCCUGUGGUGGUGACAACCAAACCUAAAGUCCCGUCCCGCCAGCAACCUACCACAAAAGCACCGGUGGUUACAGCGCUGGUUCCCUUUAUCCCAACACGCAGACCUUUCAUCCCGUUUGUGACGCCAGUUGAUAACAGCAUCAAAGACAUUACCCUGAAACAAAGAGGGGACGUUCACAUACCACGAAAUCAUGAGCAGAACAAUGUGCUGGGUAUCGAUUUAGACGUUGAACUGGGCAACACAGAAGAGGAGCUGAAGGAUGCCCCAGACACUGGACAUCUGAGCUGCUCUUUUGACCACGGUCUCUGUGGAUGGAUCCAGCGCAGAGAGGGAGACCUUCACUGGGAGACCACAGCAGAUCCUUUAGGUGGGCGGUACCUAACGAUCUCAGAGGGCGGAGAGAAGAGAGGUGGGCGUGGCGCUCAGCUGAUCCUCCCCCUGAAGAUGCCCUGGAACGAGGCGAACCUGUGCCUGGCCUUCAGACACAACAUGGCGGGGCACCACGUGGGCAUGCUGCAGGUGUUCGUCCAGAAGGGACGGCAGCACAGUCCCGCCGUCUGGGGUCGAACGGGAGGAAACGGCUGGAGGUCGACGCAAAUCACCAUUUGGGGCAAUGGGCUAGAAAGCGUGCUUGUGAAGGGCGAGCGACGGAGAGGCCGUAAGGGUGAAAUAGCGCUAGACGACAUAAGUCUCAAACGAGGUUCCUGUCAGGAAGAGCACAAUCUGAGGAGACUUUAACACCAACAACCCCGCUAACAGAGACUUUUAAUGCCAGCUUUACUCACGGGACUCUGGGAAGACGCACACCGUACAGAAAGGGACAUGACUUCCUGUCAGUCCCGGUACAGUUACAGUAUGGUGCACUUCCUCUGGCUACAAGUGCAUGUUCCAGCUUAAUAAAGUGCUGCAGGCAUGACAUAUUUUUGUAGGCCAAAUCUAAAUGAGUUAGUAUUUUAGCACUUCAGGUUCUUAUUCCAAGGCAUAAAUUACAUCAUAAAACCCCCUUUUUAUUAUUAUUAUUACUAUUUCUUUGCUUAAAGCUUUUACUUGUCU